AUGGCCUACCUACUCUCUGUGGGGAUUUUUGGCCCGGGUACGGACGAGCCUGCCCACUGGGGAUUCGUCAUCCACCAAACCACUCAACGGACUGGUGAGCUUCUGCAUACUAGGAUGAUCGACGAAAACCUCAACAUAUUUCAAUUCGAGCAUCGGGCUCCACAUAGGCUGAUAUCCCAAAGUGCGUGGGGUCUAUGCAAAAUAAGAGUCCUCGACAAUACAGAGCGCUUAACAGUGAUGUCCGUGCUCAAGAAGGUGCCGGCACCGAAGGGUGGGAAUGAAAACUGCCAGAACUGGGUGAUAGAUGGGUUCAUCGACCUCGAGGUGGGUGGACUGGUCCCGGAAGGAACGGCUGAAGCUUGGGGAAAGCGAAUUGGCCUACCAUCAUCGAAGGUCAAGAAUGACAUUGGCAAUGCAUGGAUAUCUUUGAACGGGAGAUAA